AGUCGACACACAAAAAUGUAAAUGUACAGACAGACGAAAAUUUUUUAUCAAUCUCCAGCUCCAAUGUUAUCAUAAAUUUUGUUGAAACAUAGAAAAAUACUGGAAACUUUCUAAUAAUUGUUUAUUUUAGAUUAUUGUCCUGUUUUUUAGGUUUAAUUUUCUUUACAAUUUGCUCAUCCCCCAGUUGUAAACUCCUACGAUGCAAAAACAUUUUAUUCAAUCGACCAAUCGUUGUAAACCGUAGACCGUAGGCUGGUUGCCGUUGCCCACAGCAACAAAGAUGGCUGAGCCAGAAGAAUCAAUUCCGUCCGUUUUACUGCCUUGCAACUCAUGUGGACGCACAUUCCGUCCAGAUGCUCUUUCCAAGCAUGCAAAGUACUGUGAAAAGUCACUAAUCAAGAAGAGAAAGGUAUUCGAUUCUGCCAAGCAACGUCUGCAAGGAACAGAUCUUGCCGAGUUCCUACCAGUUAUCACUCAAAAGAAGAAAGUCGAUAAGUCGCCAAUUAGGAAAACACAAUCAAAAUGGAAGGAGAAGCAUUUGGAGUUUGUUAGGGCGAUUAGAGCUGCAAAGGGGGUCCGUCGUCAGACAGCGGGGCUCCUGCCCCCCGCCAAGCCAGUCGACCACGAAAAGUGUCUCUAUUGUGACAGGUACUUCGGGCCAAAAGCCUACGACAGACACUUGGAAUGGUGCAAGGAACACAGCUCUCGCAUCCGACCUAAAAGUCCAGCUAGUAUUCAAGCUAAAGAAAGGCUCGAAGCUCGAACUAAGUAUAAGGCGCCCCUGUUGAACAGAACAAGACGUGCUUCAAUCAGCGAAAAAUGUUCGCCUAAAACUUGCACUAGAGAUCCAUCUCCGGCCGCCGACAGGCUCACCAGAACACGAUCGAGCUCACUGUCAUCAAGAACUGUUACAAGUAUGAAUCGAGAAACGAUGAGCAAUGUCUCGCCCAAAACCAACACUGCCAACACAGUGGACUCGUUCAAGAGAAAUCAGCCUGCCAGAAAUAGUCGUCGAAGUGUUUCUCCUAUGAAGAAACCAACUCCGGAUGCUGCAAAGAAUAAGGCAAUCAAUAAUAAUGUCAAUCAAAAUAAUCGAACUAGAGGAAGGCAGGUUACUCAACAAGAAUUGAAAAAUGAAGCUAGAAGAGAUACUAAAACCACCCCUAAAUCUGUGAAAGAUGAUAUUUUCAGUGCCUCUUGUAACAUAUCCCCAAUUACUCCUGGACAGAAUCAAAAUAUUUCAAAUUUAAACAGAGUUCGGCCAGGAAGUCAAGUCGAAACGAGUUUGCUGACUCCUGGAGAUGGAUUGGUCUCCUCCCUUUGUAGGGAUGGAUCUGUUGUUGAUAACACUGAUGGCUGUGAAAAGGAGCCUCAGUAUGAAAAUGAGUCUCAGUAUGAAAAUGCUCUUGCUAUUCAGUCCUCAAAUAGUAAAGAUCAAUUUGUGAAUGAUGAUGAGAUUGAGAGUGUGGAAAACGUUACGUUUACCAGGACAAAUGAGGAUUCUAUUGAAAAUAAUAAGAUCGACAUUGGAAGUAGAUGCGAAAUCACUAAUCCAAGAAACAAAACUUUCGCCCUCCCACCAAUAAAAGAGUCUAGCUCAGUGGACAGCUCAAAAUCGCUUAGCGUGAAACAAAGUGAGAGCAAUAUGGAGCAACAUCAAGGUUUCGAAUCAAUAGAAACAACCGCUUUGAGAAGAAAACAGUUGCCCAUGAUAAGGAAAGAAACUAGUAACGAAAUGAAGGUUGAAGCUGCGAUGAAAUUUGAAAAGAGGAUCAUACUACCCCGGGUAGUAAAACAUGUAGUCACUUCAAUGCUGCCAAAACGUUUUCCAGUUGUCAUGGAGAAUUACGACCCGUACAAGUCGGCCGAGCGACAAAUGAAAGAGCUGCUUGGCCUGUCUGAUGACGACGACGCCCUCGUCCACUCUCUCGUGCCCCAGCCUCCCUCUUCUUCCACUGCUCCUGUCCUCAACUCCUUCAAUUCGGCUUUCGCCAAAUUUGCACCCAUCCAGUCUCCCAGCCACAAUUCCAAUCGCUCUCCCGAUUCCGAUUUAGACAACGACUUUGAAAGACUCGAGGCCGAAAGUCGUGUUACUCCGACGCUAGCUGACAGAUGUGACGGCAUUGUUGACAAAAACUUCAAUCCGAUGAGCUUGAGCACUAUUAGUUUAUGUUCUACAAUCAGUAUCGAAUCGUUCGAUAACAGUAGAAAUAAUUUGAGAAAGGGUAUAAGUUCUAGUGCUAAAGUGCCGAGCUGUGAUAGGAAAGCGCAGCUACCUCUUCAACGGUCUGUCUCUGUUGUGGAGACUCCGCGUCGCGGCCGAGACUUUCUCAAGAGCAACCUUAAAAUGGAACAUCUUCUUUUUGGAGUAACUGGUAGUAACCAUUACAAUAACAAUAAUUUCAACGACAACUGUGAUGUGAGUGAUGAUAGCUCCUCUGACAACAAAACCCUGAGAUCGUCGAACGAUUUGUUGAAAAACAGUAACAGUUCGUUGGCUGACACUAGUCCAGCUGAACAAGAACUGCUCAAGUCGGUGUCAGAAUUCGAAAAGCUUUUUGCCAUGCCCUCAACUCUCAAUCCUUAUUCUCCUCUAAUUCCUAACUCUAGUCUUUCCAAUACGCUCACACCUUUAGACCACAUCGACAAGCAUCGAUCUCAAGCCAACAAGUUUAUCACUGACUCCGCAUACAACAGCAUGAACCGCAAAUCGCCGCAGCAGUCGAGUCCGGUGGAGAUGGACACGUGCUGGAGUGGCGGCUCCUCGGAGUGCUCGUCGACUCGCGGGGGGGCGGUUGCUGCGGCGGUGGUGGGGGUGGGUGCGUCUCAGACCGCCAACUUCUGCCACGAAUGCGGAUCAAAAUUCCCCGUUCUGGCUGCCAAAUUCUGCUGCAACUGCGGGGUCCGAAGGCUUGUCAUUUAGGAAUCAAUUGCUGUUCACUCUUCAUGUGCAAUCAUUAAAGUUAGUUUCGAUGUUCUCUCUCAACGAAUUAAUUUUUGUAAGCCAUUAUUUAUUUCUUAUCUAUGUAGAAUCAUGAUAUUCAUUCUACUUUUAAUAAUUUCUUUAAGAUAACUAAAUUGCAAGUAUUUUUUAAUCUUUUAGGUGAAAGUGGCCUAACAAAAAACUUGAGUGGAUCAUUCAAAUAUCCACAUUUAGUUAAUGAAAUAAUUAUGAUUCCAUUUUUGAUUAAGCUAUAAUAAUACCGGUGAAAUUUUAAACGUGAAUAUUGAUGAAUUGAUAGAUAAGUGUCCCUGUUACAUCUUGAAGAAGGCUCACUGGUAGGCAUAACAACUUCUCAUCAUAUUUUCUAGCACAAUAUUGAACAAAUAAUGUAUAAUAAUUCAACUUCCAAAGAUUCCGCCCAAUAUAUUAUUUUAUUUGAUUUUAAAUUACUUUUGCAUGUUCUCUACGUUAUAGCGACUCUAGACUGAUAUAAUAUUACUAACAAGUUUUCAUAUUUUCUUGUAAGCUUUUACAUUUUUUUACUACAAUUUUUAAUCUUAAUUUAUUUUAGGUGGCUCUUCAUAAUAAAUGCACGUUAAAUAAUUCUUAUUCAUUUACUUUUAAUAAUUAUUUUUAAAAUCAUAAAUUAAUCUGUAAUAAGUCAUUUUGCUACAACUUCUAAACUCUCGUAACAAGAAAUUGAUUGAGUUUGAUUAAGUUAAAUCUUUGCUAAUUCAUCUUCAAAUAACUUUUAUUAAUUUAAACUUUCAUUAACAUGUAUAUUUCAAAUUUGAAAAGUAUUUUUUUUUAGAAAUCUAGGGAGUUUAAUAAAUAGCAUAAUCCCAUUCUUCGACUGGAAAAUUGAUGAAAUUUAGUAAUUUUCUUUUGGGAUUGUCCAACUGUGCCU